AUGAAUAUUUGCCAAUUUUAAAACCAAUUCGAUUACACUAAUUGCAUGUUAGAUGAUGAAUCCAAUCAGAAUAUUUUAAUCUAAUGUCAUACUAAUAUAUAAAAGAAGUAGAGCAUGAAUACAUCUACUUAAGGAUAGAGUGAUAAUUCUGAAAUCUCCUAAGCUGAAUAAGACUCAACAAUCCUAGAUAUUGAAGUUGAUUAAUAUCUAUUCAAUAUUAAUCUCAGACAUUAUCCUACUUUCCAAUAGGAAGAAUUCAUUCAUAAUUUUUUAUCUCAUAAUACAAUCUAAAAGCUGAAAUUAGGACUUAGUACUGAACUGGCUGAAGAUGAUAAAACUAAGAAAUUUGAGGAGUGGCUAUUUAGUUUAAGAAAUAGAAAUGGGCAGAAUUUAGCAAGGGAAUUGAAAGUAAAGAAAUAUUUGGAGAAGAAAAGAAAUAGAACUUAUGAAAAAAGAGUUCAAUAUUAAGUUAGAUAAAAGGUUGCUGGAGAAAGAAUGAGAAUCAAAGGAAGGUUUAUUACUUGGAGAUAGGUAAAUAAUACAAUCUAAAAAUAGGCUGUUAAAAUGUUAGAUGGUGAUGAAUCAAAGAAAGAGUGGACUUACAAUGAUUAUUUUAGAAUCAAGGCAUUACUAUACUCUAAAUACAACUUGGUUAAUAAUCUCUGA